AUGCCAAUGAAGUCAAUUAGUCCGACCCGCUUUAAAACUAUAAUAUUUACGUGUAAAAAGUUAAUAUCUGAUUUCCAAUGCAUAUUCCUUGGUGUUGAUUCAGAUGGAGGAAAGUAUGUGUUGGGGUCAAAAUUAGGGAAAGACUAUUUUGAAAGACAUGUUACUUUACUAGAUGUCUUCUAUGAAUACUGCUAUGAAAAUUUGUUGAAAGACUCUAAAAUGAUUCAAGUUUAUUGCAAUAAGCCAACAGAAGAUGAGGAAGCAUUAUUGCUCAACCUUGAAGCUACUAGCCAUGAAUCCAUUAAUGUAGCAGCUGAUGAUGAUCAAGAUGAUGUUAAUGAUGACGACGAUGACGGCGUGCCUAAUCCACCAUCACAUGAGUCUAAUGUUUGUGAUGAAAAUGAUGAGGGGGAGGAGGAAGAGAACCACGACGACGACGGUGGUGGUGGUAAUAAUGAUGAUGGAUCGAAAUUUCCGGAAUUUUCAUCCGGUGGGGGGAACAUCUUAAAUGGUGAAGUGCUCUCAUCUGCUGGAGAUGAUGAAGGUGAUGAUGCCAACAAGAAUAAUAAAGAUAAUAAUACCACCACUACUACUACUACUACUAAUAAUAAUAUUAUUAUUAAUAUUAAUAAUAAGAAUUAUUAUGAUGAUGAUGGUAAGAAAGAAUACUUGAAAAAUUUACACACCUCACUAAAGACCUCAAAAUCAGUGUACUUGUGUAAAUGGUGUAACUUGACAUUCGAAACCGAAGAUGAAAAACAAACCCACCUGAAGGAACACCUCAGUAAUGGCUUUCAGUGCAGCAAAUGUGAGGCCUCAUUUAAGACAUGGUCUACCUUGAAAAAUCAUCUAUCUUCAGUGCACGCCCUAUUGACGCCGUUUCAAUGUCACAGAUGCGAGAAUUCGUUUAAAAGCGCAUUGCUACUGCACAAGCACGUUUUAAAAUCGCAUACCGACGAAUUACAAUUCAAUAACGACGUAUUCCGACUCGAUACCGACGGUUAUUUGAGCGGCAAAUCGGUUCAAAAUAGUGUUUUGUGUUCGUUUUGUGGUAGGUGUUUCGAUUCGGAAAAAGAGUUACAGAGACACGCGAAUUUGAUGCAUCGCUGUCAAAAUAAAUCACAGUUGUUGAUGGUUUGUAAUUAUUGCGAGAGGGGUUUUAAAAAUCGUUCGAAUCUCAAUAAGCACAUAAAGGGCGUGCAUCUUAAAGAUGACGUUGCUCUUAAACUUGAAGUAAAUUCACGAUGUCAUAAUGGGAGUAAUAAUAAGAGAAUUUGUGUUGUUAACAACCGCAAUAAUAACAUUAAGAGUGAUGCUGACGUUGCUAACAAUGAUCAUAUUACGAAUGACGUCAUCAGCGUCGGUAGCGGCAACCACAUAAACGAUCGCUUUCGCAAUCGACUGCCUGAUAGUACCUUCAGCUCAAAUCCUCCGAAGCUUGACUUCCUUCAGGAGCACAUGUCAUGCAAGCACGAACUUUCCAGCGAUUUAUUAGAUGACAGUGAACUUAACCUUCUUGACGAUUUGCCCCACAAAGAUAUUGUGACGUCACUUUUAAACGCUGAAGUUGAUGACGUCAGUUUUAGAGAGGCUCGGGACACCGCCACAACAUACGAUCCAGACGACGGCGAAGAGAAUCACGGCAACGCCAGACGAUCGUCUGUUUCAAUUUUUGAGAAAAAGUCCUCGAAAGGUUGCUGCAACCUGUGCCACGUCUGCGGGAAGAACUUCUCGCAGCCACACUACCUCCGGCAGCACCUCAUCUGUCACAAGGAACGUCGCCCCUACCGCUGCACCGACUGCGGCAAACUCUUCAAACGCCGAUCGACCCUACGCGAGCACGAAGCCAUCCACAUGGAUAGGAAGCGUUACAAGUGCCCCGUAUGCAGUAGGCAGUUCAAAUUCGCCUCCGUGCUGCGACAACACAGGGCCGUCCACACGCGAGAACGUCCGUACUUCUGUGGCGUUUGUAAGAAGAGUUUCAAACAACUGUCCGGUCUGCGCAAACACUCUUGCACUGCUACGACGAGUGUCAAGUCGGUAGUGGAUCGGGGUUCGACCCACAAAGAAAACGUGCCUGCUAUAGAGGUGGGCCCUGGACAGCAGCCCAGGCGAGUCAUGAAGGAGAAUGACCCUUCCAAACCCUUUGCUUGCCCUGUUAAUACCAUUUUUGUUUUUUUUUUAACUUUUUUCAUUAACAAUAAUUAUUUCAUAUUUUUUAUUAGCGAAACGCGUUUUAGCUACCAGAAAGCAUUGAAGAAGCACUCCCGCGUCCACAGCGACCUUCGACCCUACGUCUGUGAAGUUUGUUCCAAGUCCUUCAAACACCCCUCCUCCCUCCGCCAGCACAGGGCAGUCCACAGCGAGGACCGACCCCACAAAUGUUCCUGCUGCUCCAAAAGUUUCAAAAGUUUAACCAGCCUGAAGGAGCACAUGGAUAAAAAUAAGUACAAAUGUACAGGUUGUGGAAAGGAGUACAUGCACAGAAAAAGCCUGAAAGUGCAUAUGAACACUUGCACGCUACUGCCGCCACCACAGCAGCAACAACUGCAACUACAACUUCCUCUUCCUCAACAGAAACAACUAACAACAACACCAACAGUUGUUGAGCAACCAAAACAACAACAUCAGCAACAACUUUAUUCAGCCAACAACAACAACAAUGUUUUGUUAAAUUUGACAGAUUUUAGCAAAAAUAUUCAACAACAAAUUGAUCCGAAUCUUUAUUCAACUUUCAUCAUUUGCCAACAACAACCACAACAACAACUAACUCCUGUAUUACAACAGCAGCCGAAACAAAUCAUUCAGCAGCAACAACAGCAUCAACAACAACAGUUCACUACAGUAACGUUACCGCAAACAAUAUUUUUUCAAAAUUGCAAACAACAACUAGACAACAACAUCACCAAUAACAUCAACAACAACAACAGCUUAAGUAGCACCAACAACAUCACAGAUAGCACUAUUAACACAUUACCAUUAGACAUUUCGUUUUCCAACAACAACAACACAUUAAACAACAACGUUUUAGAUUGUGUAUUGCAGUUAAACGACAACACACAACAACAACAACAGCAUUGGAUUCUAAACAUCAACAACAACAACAUCAUUAACAACAAUAUCAACAUAAGCAAUAAAAACAUCAACAUAGACAACAUCAACAACAACAACAACAUAAUUAACAACAAUAUCAACAUAAGCAAUAAAAACAUCAACAUAGACAACAUCAACAACAACAGCAACAACAGUUCUUUGUGUCAAAUACAUCUACAUGACCAACAAUUACAUCAACUCUUACAGCAGCCGUUCAUGUAA